UGCCUAUCACCAUGGGGAUGCUGGUGCCCACUGCUCUAGCUGCUCGGCUGCUGAGCCUGUUCCAGCAGCAGCUGGGUUCCCUCUGGAGUGGCCUGGCCAUCCUGUUCUGCUGGCUGAGAAUAGCAUUGGGGUGGCUAGAUCCCGGGAAGGAACAGCCACAGGUCCGGGGUGAUCCGGAGGAGACCCAGGAGACCCAGGAAGAUGGGAACAGUACUCAGCCCACAACCCCUGUUAGUGUCAACUACCACUUCACUCGUCAGUGCAACUACAAAUGUGGCUUCUGCUUCCAUACAGCCAAGACAUCCUUCGUGCUGCCCCUGGAGGAGGCCAAGCGAGGACUGCUUCUGCUCAAACAAGCUGGUUUGGAGAAGAUCAACUUUUCUGGAGGCGAACCCUUCCUUCAGGACCGGGGUGAAUACCUGGGCAAGCUUGUGAGAUUCUGCAAGGAGGAGCUAGCCCUGCCCUCUGUGAGCAUAGUGAGCAAUGGUAGCCUUAUCCGGGAAAGAUGGUUCAAGGACUAUGGGGAGUACUUGGACAUUCUCGCUAUCUCCUGCGACAGUUUCGAUGAGCAGGUUAAUGUUCUGAUUGGCCGUGGCCAAGGAAAAAAGAACCACGUGGAAAACCUUCAAAAGCUGAGGAGGUGGUGCAGGGAUUACAAGGUGGCUUUCAAGAUCAACUCUGUCAUUAAUCGCUUCAACGUGGAUGAAGACAUGAAUGAACACAUCAAGGCCCUGAGCCCUGUGCGCUGGAAGGUUUUCCAGUGCCUCCUAAUUGAGGGUGAGAACUCAGGAGAAGAUGCCCUGAGGGAAGCAGAAAGAUUUCUUAUAAGCAAUGAAGAAUUUGAAACAUUCUUGGAGCGUCACAAAGAGGUGUCCUGUUUGGUGCCUGAAUCUAACCAGAAGAUGAAAGAUUCCUACCUUAUCCUAGAUGAAUAUAUGCGCUUUCUGAACUGUACCGGUGGCCGGAAGGACCCUUCCAAGUCUAUUCUGGAUGUUGGCGUGGAAGAAGCAAUAAAGUUCAGUGGAUUUGAUGAGAAGAUGUUUCUGAAGCGUGGCGGAAAGUAUGUGUGGAGUAAAGCUGACCUGAAGCUGGACUGGUGAGGCUGAGACGGGAAGGAAACUCGGACCAGCUACGGGGACAUUCACGCCCAGCUAUCCUUCAACAAGCUACAUCUUCUGGCUGUCUACAGACUGUUGUUAUUAGAAUACAGUCUGUUUAUUUUUCUUUCAGUUUGACUGAACUAAAAAGGGAGUAAAAUUAUGCAGCAGAUAACUGUCCUCCACAGGAGAGAGUUCGGUUCUCAGAAGAGUAAGGUCAAGUGAUCCCUAAGAACCAGCAUUUCAUUUGUAUUUGAAUUUUUGUGUGGAUUUUACUGUGAAUCCCACAUUUCCUUUUCCCUUUUUGUUCCCCUUGAGAAACUGGGUUAUUUUUUGCUAACUAUGCCAAUUUUGUCAACAGGAAACUUCACAAAACACACCUUCCAAUUACUGCUGACUAUUCUAAUGCUUUUCUGCUUUGGAAUAUUGGACUUUUUUACUCAAAAGUGUAGAACCAAGACAUAUCUCAUAGAGCCUUAAGUGAGAAUCUUACUCUUAUGGAAGGAGUUAUUUCCCAGAACAGGCUGUUCAUGGUCCCAGCCCCUGCUGCUGCUGCUUCAAGAUGGCUGCUCUGUACUGCAGCAAUUCCUUCAGGGUUCUUGACAAAGCCAAGGUACACUUUACCUCCCAGGGUGUGGCCAUGAGGAUGCCACUUCUGCAGCUGCAACUGCCCUGGCAUUGAGGCUGCUUGAGUCUGUCAUGCUGAAAGGUUGUCACACUUUUCUGAAAAGCUCCAAGGGCCAUGUAGCACGUCCAGAAGAGUCAUGGGGGGAUGGACAGGAAGGAGUCUUUCAGGAAUAUAAAAUGUGGCGGCUGGCUUGGUAUAAGUGUGCCUGUGGUUCCUUGGCAUAUCUUUCAAGAAACACUGAAACUUGACCUAGUCUAGGUCAACAUGAGAAAAACAAAAACAAAAACAAAAACAGUUCCUUCUUUACACCAAAAAGGCAAAAGACAGAAUGUGAACUAGCCAAAAUCUUCUUCCUGUGGAAGCAUUGUGUGAGAUUAUUAAGCCUAGACAGUGCCUCACUGCUUGGAAUAAUGUCCUAGCAAAGAGUAAAACCGUGGAAAAUUUUGUUCUGUCCAAGAAACUGAACUCCCCUGCAAUUCCACUGUGGCCACUAGAGGGCACCAGGAAGUCAGACCUCACUAAGCAUCUCAGAAACUUUGCUUCUGAGUCUAUUUUUAGGACUUAGUGGAUUUUGGUUCUGUUCCUUCUUUGAUUUAUUUGUUUUUGUUUGGUUGUUUUUUUUGGUGCUUAUAUUAAUACAAAAAAUUUUCUAAGGAACUGGAAUUUUGGGUAUUUACUCACAAAAGAUACUCAUACUUUAGUUAGGUCACUAUAAUUCAACUGAGACACACUUUGUCUCAUGAAAAAUAAGUCAGGGUUUUCUGUGUUUUCUAUUGUGUGUUUGUGUGUGUGUGUGCGUGUGUGUGUGUGUUUUACCUAUUUUUGCUUGAGUAUAAAUAUAACUAUGUAGCCCAGGCUGGCCUGGAACUCAUGAUACCUCUGCCCUAACCUCCCCCUCUCAAGUGCUAGCAUGUGUGUAUUAACCAACUCAUAUGUAGAUAUUUUUACAUGAAAUUUGAGUCACAUUCCCCCUGAAGAUUGUGAUAGUUUUUAGUUAAGACCUCCUCUGUGCUUAGUUCACCUGGGAAAUCCCAGAGGACAUGGCCAGACACCCACUUGGUCAAAUGAGAGGAAAGCAAUCAUGAAGCUGAGGUCCAGCCUUCUGAAUUGCAGUAUAUUUUCUCCUGGCUGAGGGAAGCUGCAGGUCUCUUUCCCUGAUUAAAGUAGAGCAUGAAGGGAAUCUGCUUGGGAAAUGAGCCACCAUUCUAAAUGCACCCCUCCCCCCUUGUGCAUGCACAGGAGGUGUGUGAGGUCUCUGUGCUUAAAAUAUUCAAAAGUCACCCUUUCCUAAAGGGAAGAAUUACAAUAUUUUAUUAUCAUAGUGAAGAUCAAACUUGGAUUAGAUCAUACAUUGGUUACAUUUUCAGUGUUAAAUCUGGGUGCUCAUUUUGUGAAGUGGAUGCUCUCUGCUGGGAGAACAGGAGGUGAUCUAGUGGACAUUUGUUAAGUGUUACAGGCUGAUGCCUUUUGUCCCGUGACUGAUUGAUGCAGAGUAGUAAUGCUGUGAAGGGGGUUUCACUUAAGAACUUCAGAGGUUAGGAUGUCCCAUGUGAGUUUACAGCCUUUGGUGUCUCUGUUAUAAUGUGUUCAAUGAUAAAAUCAUGGGCUGUGUUCUUGUAAGAGAGAUGCUUCAUGGUGUUAUUUGGCUAAGUUAUUUGAAAAAGAAAAAAGGUCCCAGGUUUCGAUCUGUUUGGAGUUUGGAGUCUAAUGGUUGCAUAGAUAAACAGGCGAUCAAUCACACCCAGCAGCAGUUAGCUCCUUACAGCAGUAAUUCAGCUCAUGGACUGCCCUCUUGAUGGAUUGAUGUUGUUUCAUAAGCUAUUAUUAGACAAAGAACCAUCACGCAGGCCUCAUGUGAGUGCGCCCAGAUGAGGUUUAAUGUUCAGGGAUAUAUGUAUAUGUAUUUCUCUGCAGAAUUACACUGUGUUCUGAGGCAUCGCUCUAAUGUAUGGUAACAUGGUCUGUGAAUUAAAAUGUUCUAUACGUGGCCUAAGA